AUGAGGAAUCUAGGAGCCAUUUGGGAAUACGGCAGUAGUUCCGAGGUUGGAUCUGCCCCCAUCUCUGAAGGCCCCGGCAGCGAAAGGACCCCAUUCCCAAGAAGAAAGGCCCCCGUGCAGAAGGCCCCCAACCAUUUUGAGGCUGGCGAUGAGAUCGGCGCCUGGUAUCAACACAUCCUUGGCGGCGAACAAUACCCUGGAGACGUCGACAACCCGAUUGCCGCAUCGCACAAGGGACCUAUCACUGCAUGGCUCGCAAAGGUCGAUGACGCUGCAACGUCGUCCCACGCCAACCUUGAGUGGUUCAAGAUUGCCGAGGACGGUUUCGACAACACGAGGGGCAUUUGGGGCGUCGACAACCUGCUACAGCAGGAUGGAUGGACGUACUUUGACGUUCCGGAAUGCAUCGCACCCGGGGACUACCUUUUGCGCGUCGAGCUUUUGGCCCUUCAUUCUGCUUAUGUUCCCAAGGGCUCGCAGUUUUACACUUCAUGUGUCAACUUGAGAGUCACCCGCGGAGGAAACUUUGCACCAGCAGAGACAUUUGCUAUCCCGGGUGUUUAUGAGGCGAACGACCCGGCAAUCACCAUCAUGAUCUACGGCAACACGGGGGAAGCCGGACAACAAUUCUGA